CACGAUCUUUCAUUCGGAGACUUCACGACAACGACCGGUUCGGUCAGUUUUAGAUCGGCCUGCGCUGGCGCACCGCACGGCGACCGUACGCCUUCCACGCAUCAUCGAAUCAUCGUUUUUUAAUCACAAAAACAUUCUUAUUAUAAAUAAAACAGUGCACCAGUGUGUUUCUAACCUCUAAAAACUAUUUCAACGUAUAUUUUGAAACAGUGUUUUUACAAAGUGACUUUUUGCAUUGCAACUUUACAAUAUAGUGUUGUGUUUAAAGUUUUGGUUGGGUGAAAUUGGUAUCGGUACGGGUCCCAGCAUCUUGUGUCGAUUAGUACAACGAUUUAUCUUGAUUCAACAAAAACUGCACGAGUGACGCGGGCGCAUUAUGCGCGGGGUCACGUGACGACCCAUGGCGUCGGACGCGCGCCCCAGCGAGCCCGCAGAUGGCGCCAGGAGGCGGCGAGAAUACUCCAGGUGACAAACAAACAGAAUAUUCUCCCCAUAUACAGUCCCCGUACGUGACGCUGGGCGCGGUGCGGUACGCUGUCCGCCGUGCACCGCCGCCGCGGGCUUGCCCCUGCCGCUGCUGCUCUGAGGAGGCGGUGGCGGCGUGCCUCGGCCGCGCCAAGCCCGAUCGACGCACGCUGGAUCGUAUCCAACGGCGGCUGGGCCGCGGCUCGCGCGACGAGCGGCCCUCGCGCCAGCAGCGCCUGCAGGCCCUCACCGAGCGGCUCCUGCCGCGCCCGCACCCCACGCCGCCCCCACCGCCACCACCGCCACCGCCACACUCCGCCCCCGUGCUGCCACCAGUGCCACCACCACGCUCCCGUCACCGACACAGCCCGCCGCGCGGUGUCUCUGUUGAUCGGUGUGAUGACUUCGACACGGAUAAAAUCACACUUGUUCGCGUAGAGCCUCGCUCUAUCGUGGGAUCCUAUGCACAAAAAACUAUACCGUAUCGUAGUGCGUCUUUCUCUCAAGGUGAUUUUGCACAAGAUAAAUAUUAUAGGCCCAAUAGGAAUCAAUCAAUUUUUGAUUUCGGUAAACGACCUGCAAAAUCUGUGUCUGAGUGCGCGAGUGCAAAACGUCGCGAUGCCGAGACCGUAAGUCUCAAUACCGAUGAAAAUACGACAGAAGGCGGGUCAGUGGCGUCGGUUGACUCCGCGGUAGGGUCUGACGAGGGGUUGCUCGCGCACGCGUCGCCUGCGCCGAGAUCCCCACCGCCAGAUGCUCCUCACAAGCAGCUGAGUGCGCGCUCGUUGACGCACCCGCUGCCGCGACGAAUCCCUCCAGUGCGGGAGGAGGGCGCGGUCGAAGCUGGUGGUAGUUUGCCAGCAUUGACACCACCGCGUGUCUUACACGAACUCCGUGAAGAAAGUGAUGGCUCACAAGCCGACAGUGCACAAGCGCAUAGUGAAGGUACUUCACCACUAGAACCCCAGCCUUUUGCUUUCCCUCCUCUCCCUGAACCUCCUACGAACGCCUGUGCUAAUGUGGACUGUGAUUGUACGAAUUUUCCUAAUACGAUAGAAGAGUGUCCGGAAGAAAAUCUUAUACCUGUGCCUGUGUAUGAGUGUAUAGUGAAACAGUGGUCGAAGGAGUUACCGCAGGAGGAGCCACAGCGGUCAGACGCCGCGUCUGAUGGAUCGCUGGAUCGAGAUAAGGAAGAUGAAACCAUAACAAGUGAACAAGUUGCCCACUUACUGGCUGCGGUGCAGAAUCCUUGCACGCCCGCUCCUAUUGGUGCUAGAGAAAGACGGAGACCUCUAGAUAAAACUAAGAGAAGGAAAGGAAUAUACAUCACAACGCCGAGUGACGAUGGUGGGGAAGAAGAAGGGCCACCUUCAGUGAACGGUUGCAAACGUGAGAGCAGUGAGGCUUCGCUACAAGAUAUGCGUCUUUCAGCAGAAACGCGAACUUCAUCGCUACUCGGUGAUAAAUCAGAUGACUCAUGUACUAACGGCCCUCCAAGUCCGUGUGAGGGAGUAGCGCCGAUGUGGCCGAGGUCUGAAGAGUUAAAAGCGAGGCGAGCAAGGUUUUACCAACAAAGUUCGGAUGAAAGAGAUGACGACUCAUUCCGAACGAGACGGAAAUAUGGCGACUCACCUUCUGAAGCGGACAGUGACACGUGCUCUAGAGACAGGACAGCAUCGCCAUCUCCUUUUAGUCCAUCUGAUACUUCAGAUGUAGAAGCAAGGCGACAGCAAUUUACUAGAGGGCCUUAUGGUAAAACCUUGGAGGCCCCAUGCACUCGGUCAGUUGAAGUGGGCAGGAGGAGUUUGUCUGACGCAACAGUGCCUUGUCGCAAAACUAGUGUCGGGGCCAUGACAUCAACACGGCCCACUGGUCGGGGUCCGACUCACGUCAGAGCAACCUCAUCGCCUUCCAAGUUGGUUGGAGUGAAGCCUGGAGCUGACUUGCUGGCCGAGCUGCUCCGAGGCAGCUCUGAAGCUCUCUCGAACUCGUCCACAUUCGACAACGUGGUCCUGACGCUACAUCAACACAAUGACACACGAACGCAUGUGGUUGUGGAAUUGUAUGAGACUGAGAAGUCAUACGUGGAGGCUCUGGAGAUAUUAGUCAAGAAAUAUCUUCAACCUCUAAAGAGUCCGGAGAACGCUGGUCUUCUCGACGCAUUCCUAGUGGACGAGAUCUUCUACCAAGUGCCGGGGAUCCUGAACGUGCACCAGGUCUUUUUGGAACAGCUCAGGCGGAGACUUGAACAAUGGGAUCUGCAGCAGAAAGUUGGAGACGUGUUCUUGGAUGUGUUCACAAAACCCACGGUAAUGGACACCUACAUGACCUUCAUCAACAACUUGAAGAAGGCCAAGGAAACCAUCAAAACAGCAGCAGCAUCACGACCAGCCUUCGCCAAGUUUCUGGAUGCUAUGGCCAGGGACCAUAAGGGGAAACUGUCGUUGGACAAUUUGCUCAUUAAACCUGUGCAAAAGUUCCCAAGCUAUAAGCUGUUGAUACAGAGGCUGAUUAAGCAUACAGACCAGUCACAUCCAGACCACAAACUUCUGCUAGAAGCUCAAAAAGAAAUCCAUGAUCUGCUAGAACUGAUAAAUUGUACCGAGAGGGAGAGCUUAGAGUUGGAGCAGCAACAGCAAACGCUACGGGAACUAGAGCAGAUGAUAGAAGGACUAUCCAACUUAGUAUCGUUGGAUCGAAUGUUCCUAAGACAUGAGAUGGUGACCAUGCCAUCAGCUCAGGGCACGAUAAAGGAUAGAGCGCUGUUCCUCUUCAAUGAUACUCUGCUGAUAACCAGUGUUAAGAGGAGGACGGGAACUAUUAAGAAGCCUACACCAACAUACCAAAGUAAUAUAGCGAGUCAGAUGGAGGGCAACAAGUACAAACUGCUCAUGAGGAUAUCGCUGGCCGAUCUCGAGAUUGUUAAAGCCAAGGACGAAAAUCUAAGGCGGAUUAUGCAUGAGGUGGAAACGCUGACUGAAGACGUGAACACACUGACUCAGAUAUCGGAGAGUGUGGCAGCGUUGCACACACAGCAUUUGCAACUGGAAGAGAUAGUCAGAGAGAUGCUGCACUCGCUAAACAGGCAGUUGUCUGAACGGCAGAACAGUGAUACACAGCUGUGUUACAUGGAGAUCAGUUUGCAUACAUCAAACGGUCCGGAGAACAUCACAAUAAUUUAUCCCAAAGCAGAGAAGAGGAGCAGCUGGGAGGAAUUGAUAAAUGAGACUAAACAGAAAUUAUGCGUGUACGGUCAAGAGCGUCCAGCCCCAGAGUUUCUGUCACCGGUUCCUAUCCGUAAGACUCGUGCUGGGCUGCAGUUCACUUGCGCCGCUCCCACUCUGCCUCCCAAGGGACAGUCACCUGAUGUCUGGGUGUGCAACAGUGAUGGCUACGUAGGUCAGGUGUGCGUGCUGACUCUAUCGCCCAAGCCUCAGGUGACGUCAUGCAAUGGCGUCUGCAACGCACGCAUCCUGUGCGUCGCGUGCGUUCCUCCCGCGCCUGCGCUUACUCGUCAACAGACCGUUGAUAUACCAAGCACGAGCUCACUGAACAGCUCCAGCUCAGUCAAGCCUGGUAUCAGCAUAUCUGAUCCUGAUGACAGCUGCAAGAAUAUUCGACUGGAUAGCUCAUCCUCCAGCGAUGAAGAAGACGACGGCUCUUCAACGAGCGAGAACCAGGACGCUCAAUCAGAACGGAGCCAGGAGUCCGCCACCAUCCGCCUGCACAGCAGUCUCACAGCCAGCUUGGGCAACCAUCGCACCACGCUGACUCCAAACCAUAGCAAGAGUCUCAGCACUCCUCAUACUGGACAGAGCAUCCAAGUCCAUCCCGUCAUGAAGUCCAGCUCCAAUCCAGCUGUGGACAAGCAAGCUAUGGGGAUUAAUUCUGUAACUGGACGUGCAAUGUUGGGUACUCUCUCGUCUCCAGCCAGUCGUCAGUCUUCAGAGGAUAGUGGUACUACUGCUAACCAGCCUACGAUGUGGCUGGGCACUGAGGACGGUUGUAUACACGUCUACAAUUGUCUGGACAACAUUAGGAUAAAGAAGAAUAAAGUGAAGCUGCAGCACAAUUCGGGGGUGCAUUCCAUUGUUUACGUGGAGGGAAAAGUAUUUGUUGCACUUGGCAACGGCGAUCUAGUCGUAUACUGCCGGGAUAUUGAUGGUUCCUGGACGGAGCGGUCGACGAUCCCGGUGGGCACGGGCAGCAGCCCCGUGAGCAGCAUGCUGCUGUCCAGCGGCAAGUUGUGGUGCGCCACGCACGCCUCCAUCAAGAUCAUCAACCCGCAUACACUGCAGGUGGACGAAACAUUCCAAAUAAGUUCAGAGACGAAGCCGAUCAGCCACAUGGCGGUGGCAGGUGGCACGAUAUGGCUGUCUCUGCACAAUGCUGCCCAGCUCCGCUGCUACAACUCCAGCAGUCGCGAGCAGUUGGCUGAGAUCAAUAUUACGCCGCAAGUUACUAAGAUGUUGCAUGGUUGCGACGACAUAAUUCGUCAGCACAAAGCGGCGUGUCUCCGCGUGACAGCCCUACUGGCUCACCGUGAUACUCUCUGGGUGGGGACCAGUGCCGGUGUGCUCCUCACGGCACCACUACACAACUCACCCAACCCUAGGACUGGAGCUUUCACUGUUCCUCAUUUGACUGGUAUUACCUACGGGCAUACUGGCCACGUGAGGUUCCUAACGAUCGUAGAGAACCCCGCCGCUCAAAAGCAGCCAGCGAAGCAGACACAGACGUCAUUGAAGACAAAGGCACUAAGUCGCAGGUCGACGAACGCCGAGAAACUACAGAAACAAACUGAGCCAGCUCAGAAUAACAAGGAAACCCUCAUCAUAUCUGGUGGAGACGGCUACGAAGACUUCAGGAGUUCCACCAUGACAGAAGACGCAGGCAGAGAAGAUUCGACCAAUCAUCUCCUACUGUGGAGGGUCUGAACGAAUUUUGCGGCCUACAGGGUUCUAGAACUUUCCGGCGCACGGCGCGCCACGGAUUUUGAGAAUUGACGUUUUGAAUAUUCUUUGUACAUUUCACACGUCAGUGGAAGCCUAAAGGUUUUAUUUUUAAAAUGUUUUCGUCAAUGAAUGUUAGUGUUAUUCCAGCUUUCAUUUGGAAACGUUGAUGUAUGUUAAAAGUAUAAUAAAUCUUUUUGUGUUUUGCGCUUGUGAGCGUGAUAUGAGAUUAUUAACGUUAGGACAUGAAAUGUCGAAUUUUAUCAAUUUGCCCCAAAUGUAUCAAAAUUAAUUUAAACGUGCAGUAUUAUUAAAUAAAUUGGACCAUCUGUAUAAUGGCCUGUUGCGUACCUUAAAGACGUUUCUAUCAGUGUUUUAGAACUAUUUACAUGUAUCCAACCCAUAUCAAGACAUGGUAUGUGUCUUUAUAAUAUUAUCGUUGUCUGAGUAGUAGUGAACAGUUACAACUGUUGUAGGCUAUCGAAAUAAUGAUAAAUUUGUGUACCUAAGGGUUUUAGGUCUUCUAAAUUGUUCAUUACUUUCAUCGUCAUAGCUUUCAGAUAUUUCGUUACUCGUGCUUACUAGCUCAAUUUGAUUUUCACUAGACUAUAAUCUACUAGAGAUCUUGGCUUAAUAUAAUAAUAUACAUACUCAUGUGCAACAAGAUUUUCGAUGUUGAUGUCUAAAAUAUUAAAUAAAAAUCUAGACUGAUCUCUUCGUCUAUUUAGGUGUAAUCUUUAGAUCUAUCUUUUAGAUUGAAUCUUUCUAUUUCUAAUUCACGUUUCACAGAUAUCUUCUAGAAAGUUGAGAAAGUAAUCAAGGGUAACAUCAGGAAUGUGUUUCGGAAACCAAAAUCUGUCUGUAAUUUAUAUUUUCUCGUUUAGCGUAGUAGUAGGUAUACAUGCAACUGUUAUAUUCCGAAUGUACCUUGUAAUGUCAUCAAUAUCUGGUCAAAAACAAUUAUAAUUUCAUGAUUGCUCAAAAACGUUUUGGAAAUGUUACCUGAUUUGACAAAUGCGAGCAACAUAUUUUUAAAAUAGGAUGUUUGGAUGAUGUAUCCUAUAUUUAUAGUAUUGCAGAAUAAUAAAAAAGUCGCACUAA